AUGUGUCAAAAACCCCGAUUUGGACCUCAUUCAUUUCUUUUUUACCCCUUCGAUUCUUCAACACAAUGUCUGAGGAAAUGUGAUUACUUUGAAUGGAAAGAUGUUGCACUGGAAGAUGGUUACUACAAAAACCUCAUCUAUUCCAUGAAGCAGCAGUUGGAUUCCAAAGAGGAUCUUGGCGUCAUAAAAAACUUGAGGACUAAGAAUGUUGAGUUGGAGAUUCUCCUGAGUAAGGAGAAGAGUCUAGUGGCAAGCAUGGAGAAGGGGAUGUGUGAUUCCAAGAAGAGCAUACGUAUGUUCAAGCUGUUGGUAGUUGUUCUAGUUGUUUGGUAUCUCAUGUUUGUUUUGGUUUUCAGUUACCUAAUUAGUGUUGGGAUGUGA